AUGAAUACUAUUCUUAUGGUAUCUGCUAAAGGCUUCGAUCCCAAUUUUGACCGAACGGCCAACAAAAAUUGUCUUCAAGUCAGAUUGAUUACAGCAAAGGCCGGCUGGGACUUGUAUCUCUUGCAAGAAGAAACUGCAAGCAAGGAGAGCAAAAAUUGUCUUCGAGUCAGAUUGAUUACAGCAAUGGCCUGCUGGGACUUGUGUCUCUUGCAAGAAGAAACUGCAAGCAAGGAGAGUAAAAAUUGUCUUCGAGUCAGAUUGAUUACAGCAAUGGCCUGCUGGGACUUGUAUCUCUUGCAAGAAGAAACUGCAAGCAAGGAGAGCAAAAAUUGUCUUCAAGUCAGAUUAAUUACAGCAAUGGCCUGCUGGGACUUGUGUCUCUUGCAAGAAGAAACUGCAAGCAAGGAGAGCAAAAAUUGUCUUCAAGUCAAGAUUAAUGACAGCAAUGGCCGGCUGGGACUUGUAUCUCUUGCAAGAAGAAACUGCAAGCAAGGAGAGCAAAAAUUGUCUUUAAGUCAGAUUAAUGACAGCAAUGGCCUGCUGGGACUUGUGUCUCUUGCAAGAAGAAACUGCAAGCAAGGAGAGCAAAAAUUGUCUUCAAGUCAGAUUAAUUACAGCAAUGGCCUGCUGGGACUUGUAUCUCUUGCAAGAAGAAACUGCAAACAUGGAGAGCAAAAAUUGUCUUCAAGUCAAGAUUAA